GGCGACGAAAACUUUUUCCUGGCCCGCCCGCGACGACUUUGUGGACAGCGCGACUCACAACGUCUUGAAUGGUUUGAGUAGGAAUUGAAUUUGAUAAUUAUUUUAUUUUCCUGUUGAAAUCGAGUUGAUCUUAUCGGGGAUAUAUAAAAGACAAAACAAAAACGGUGUGUCAACGCCCAAAUAUGCUCUAGCUAUAUCAGAUGCAAAAAAUGUACAGCAAAAGAUGACCCAAAAAACAGCAGUGGUAUAGCUGAUAUAUAUUCUACAUGGGGCGGGAAAAAAAAAUAAAAAUAAAAAACAGAUUGAAUUAUUUCGCCAAAAAGGCCUGGAAAGCCUUAUGUUCAAUCACCACAUUCCCAACAGCCUUGAGUCUCUUCCGCCCUUCUUUCUGUUUCUCCAGCAGCUUCUUUCGUCGUGUAAUAUCAGAAGCAUGCAGCUUCUGCAGCACGUCUUUUCUGAACGGCUUGAUCGAUUCUCUCGCCACAACAUUCCGGCCCACAGCGGCUUGUAUCACUAUUUCAAACAUUUGUCGGUCAACAUGCUCCUUGAACUUGCUCACCCACAAACGUCCUAGCCGCUGCACCUGACUCGCAUGCACAACGCGCGACACCGCAUCGACAGGGACCUUGUUUACGAGAAGUUGGAGUUUGGAGAUAUUGCUACGUCGCCAACCGGAUUCUUCGUAGUCCAAGCUGGCAUAGCCCUUUGUGGAUCCUUUGAGUUUGCCGAAGAAGUCAUCAACUAGCUGGGCCAGGGGCAAUUCGUAUUUGAGAAUCACCUGGGUUGACGUGAAGAACUCAAGGUUCUUCUGCUCGCCUCUGUUGGAUUCGCAAAGUUCUAUGACUCUUCCUAGGUACUCUUCAGGGAACGUCAGUGUAGCUAGGACGAAUGGCUCCUGCAGUUCAGCUACUUUUGCGCGCAGCGUUUCUUCUUCGGGGAAGAGAGCGGGAUUUGUGACGAUUUCUUCCUUCCCGUCUUUCCAUAUAACUUUAAAUGGCACGGUUGGUGGUGUGAUAAUAAUGCUCGCGCCAUGUUCCUGUCGUAGACGAUCCUCAAAAACGGAACAAUGGAGGGUUCCAAGAAAACCGAGUCGAAACCCAGCGCCUAACGCCUCGGACGACUCCUUUUGCAAUGUGACGCUACGGUCAUUCAAUGUGAGCUGGUUAAUGCUGUCUUCAAGGUGAGGGAAGUCGCUGGCAUCCACGGGGUAUGCUGCGACAAACACCAUGGCCUUAGGUUCCUCGAAUCCAGGGAGCGGCUGGACCAGUUUCUCUGAGCCAACCUUUGUAUACGUGUCGCCUACUUUGGCUUCCUGGCUGCGCUUCAUAGCCGGAUUGAAGUAAAUAUAACCAACUUGCCCGGCCCGGAGAACAGACUGGGCGGUUUGUCCCGGAUACAUAAUGCCGACUUCCCCCACAAAGUAUUUCAACCCAGUCGCAAAUGAUACAACCUGAUCGCCUGCUCUAACCUCACCGUCAAAUAUUCGAACGAGGAGAAUGACACCUUUGUAGGUCGAGUACCAUGAGUCGACAAGAAGCAUUCGGAGAGGUUUUGUAUGAUCUCCAACAGGCCUAAAUAAUGUGUGCGUGUUAGCACCAGGGAACAGCUUCUUAACUAGGGUUUGGAUCCCAAAAAAUAAAAAUAAAAAGAAAAAGAAAAAAGAAAAAUAGAACGUACGCAGGAACCUGCUCGAUGACCGUUGGUAAAAGUUGUUCCACAUUUAGCCCGGUUUUUGCAGAUACUAGCACAGCGGACUUGGGGUCCAACUCGAAUGUGUUUUUCAUCUGGUCUAGAGCGCGUUCAGGGUCUGCGGAGGGUAAAUCGACUUUAUUUAUGACCGGCACCAGCUUGAGACCCUCGGCAAAGGCAAGGUAGAAGUUGGCUACCGUCUGCGCUUGGAUCCCCUGGCUAGCGUCAACGAGCAGUAAGGCCCCUCCACAACUCGCGUAACUCCGCGACACUUCAGCACGGAAAUCGACAUGACCAGGGGUAUCGACGAGAUGCAGCAGGUAGUCUUCGCCCUGGUGAUUGUAGAGCAUGCUGCAUGUCUGUGCCUUGACGGUGAUACCACGCUCUCGUUCAACAUCCAGCUUGUCCAGAACCUGCUUGUUCGCACCCGCCUCGAUUGUGCCAGUAAGUUCGAGGAGACGGUCGGAAAGCGUACUUUUGCCAUGGUCAACGUGGGCAACGAUGCAGAAAUUCCGGAAGCGUUCAAUUGGGAUUGCUGCGAUGCGUUGCUCUAGCUCCGAGACUGGCUUCCUGCCUUGCGCAUAGUGGAGGGUCGAGGUAUUGAAAAGCCGGCGCGGGAAUCUAGUUGACGAAGUAAGGGACUGGGACUGCCGCACUGCUGAGGUCAGCCAUUUGACUGACUGCAGACAUCCUCGCAUCGGGAUAUCCGCAUUGACGUCGGGUAUCAGGCGUCACUGGUAUUGUUGCUGGGUAAUUCAUCCAAUAUCUCACGGUGGGCAGCCUUCUGUGUUCGGUGGAGAUUUUAAGUUCUCUUUUUGGAACUCAAAGAUUUUCGGCGAGAAUUUGCGGCUCUGCUAAGUCCGGCCCAGAAAGGAAGGUGGGCCGAGCGCGGAGUAGUUAACGUGACUUGGCGAUUGCCGUAGCGACGCCGAGAGAGUAAACAAGAAAACAUCCAGCGAUGGCAUUUUCUCAUCUUCUUGCUCGACACGCCGUCUAGUCGUUAUACGAGCAAUUGCUAGUUACUGAUCUUCAUCCUCCAUCUUCUCAUAUUCACUCAUUGAUACACAUACUCUGCCAAAAUGUCUACGCAAAAAGAGAAGUCAAAAGUCCAUAAGUUGUCACUGAAGGGGUCCUCGAAAUUAGUUGCGGAAUUUUUCGAGUACUCCAUACAUUCAAUCCUGUUCCAACGCGGGGUAUAUCCAGCGGAUGAUUUCACAGCCGUCAAGAAAUAUGGCCUGAAUAUGCUUGUGUCCUCCGACGACCAAGUCAAAGCUUAUAUAAAAAAGAUCAUGUCGCAGCUCAACAAGUGGAUGAUUGGAGGCAAGAUAUCCAAGCUCGUCAUUGUGAUCACAAGCAAGGAUACAGGGGAGCAUGUCGAAAGAUGGCAGUUCGACGUCCAAAUAUUCAGCAACAGCAGAUCUUCCCGGAGUCGAUCCGCGCAAAAGGUGUCACCCGAUAACGAGAAUGCUCUUAUCCCCACAAAUCCGGCCUCCACCGCAACCCCUCCACCCGAGAAAUCCGAAAAGGAGAUCCAAGAAGAAAUUCAAGCGAUCUUCCGCCAGAUCACCGCUUCUGUCACCUUCCUCCCCGUCCUGGAUGGUAACUGUACAUUCAACGUGCUCGUGUAUGCAGACGCCGAUUCCGAGGUACCCAUGGAGUGGGGUGAUAGUGAUGCCAAGGAAAUUGAGAAUGGGGAGAAGGUGCAGCUGAGAAGUUUCAGUACUAGCAAUCAUCGCGUGGAUACGUUGGUUAGCUACAGACUCGCCGAUUGAGCAGACGGGUUUACCGAGGGGAAUGCAGAGGGACGAAUGUGGCGUUUCUUUUUCCUUGGAGAUACUAUUUAGGUGGGGCUAGGCGUUGAACGUGAGAUUCAGGGAUUUGAUUUUGAUCUGGCAUCUGCGAGUUUCGGAAAUGAUUUUUUAACUAGGUGGCUGAUAUCAUGAUUUAUUUUAUCUGCGGGCUGUUUCACUCUCUGCAUCAUGUGCUGUUUAUAUGCAGGGCAUAUCUACUCAACCUCUCGUUCUUGAAAAUCUUGGUUCUUCUGUUUUGCUUCAUUAAUCUCAUCCCCACAAUUCCUGCUAAGUACUGUACAAUUCUCCCCACCUCUCCAUAUUUUAUUUUGUCCCGCGACUAGAGGCUACUUUUUUCAAUAACCGACGCGACAAAAGCGGGGAGUGCCGAGUGGAUGGAUAGAAGACUUAUUUUUGUAUUUCAGCGUUGCUUAGUCCCAUUUUUGAGGUCACAGGUAUCCAGCCACGUUGACCGCGCAUGACUUGAUCGGUAUACGUAUCUUGGUGGUAGGUAUGUGGUCUUUCCUAGGAUAUUGGUAUGCAUUGUUCUGUGCGUACCGCAUACAUAUUAACUAUCUUAUUUGUGAUAUGGGGUUUGUCACGUUUACGGGGUGUGCAUGUCGUACUAGAAUAAGCUGUGUGCAUAUACAAGGUCGGAAUAGAUUGUAGUAUAAAUUAUUGGUGUCAUAGUGGUUCAUAUUCAUAACCUAAUUUGAUAGGUAAGUCGUCUGGAGCGAGUGUAAGACAGCGAGAGAAAAAAUAAUAAUAAACAAAAAGAGAGAGAAUUCCCUAAAGUCAAC